UGCACCCGUGCUUGCCGGUAUAUUUCCGGAACCGGAAGUAAUAAGUAUGUAAACAAAAAAGAAGGAAGAUUUAGUAAUGAUGAUAAAUCAAAUAAUUACUUAUUCUUUCGAUUUGUUUCCGGCAGUAUGUUUCUUAAAUUAACCACUGAUAAUUGUGAAUAUCGUGGUGAAGGAAAUACUGGUCUUGUGAUAUGCUUGAAAAAGGAAGGAAAAGUUUUGAGGCUUAUCAAGCAAGAGGGAUCUUAUGAAAAUGCUAAAAAUGCAGAGAGAUUGCUACAUCAAAUGGAAAAUGAAAUUCUUAUGAUAAAGAAUGUUAUGAAGCCACUACUUGGGAAUGAUCUUGUUAAUUGUCCUGUUAUUGUUGCUCUUCAAGCCGAUGAUGUUAAGCUACUUAACAGUAUAGUCAAUUUAAUGCGACCAAGCAAUAGAACGCAUAAGAAUGUCAAAGAGGAAAAAACAUAUGGUCUUCUGCUACCAGACUACUGUACGUUGCCAGCAGAGCUUAAGUCUUAUUCCUCUGGCCCUGUACUUAGCAUUGAAAUCAAACCUAAACCUGGUGCUCUAUUAGCCGAAAAAUUUUUUGAUUCUAGUCACUCUGAACAGUCCAAAUUGUUCUGUCACUUUUGCCGGAAGCAAAUCUAUAAAAUGAGGGUAGAUGGUGUUUCUCCUAAAAGUUCCUAUUGUCCUACAGAUUUAUUCAGUGGAUGUCCUAAAAGAAUGCAGCAUGCACUGAAAAUGCUUCUGCAAACUCCACAAAAUAAUCUACGAAUAUUUAAGGAUCAAAAAAUUAUUUAUUCCAAUGAAAAAAGAUGUGACUUAGAAGAAACAUUAUGUGGCUUCUUCAAUGAUUCUAAAUAUAGUUGCGUUGAUGCCUUAAUCAAACUAGUCAUUGCGGUAUUACUUAAUCCUAUUUCUUGUAAGCCUAAAGAAAUAUUUGAGGCUUUGAAUGAAUGUGAUAUUUUAACCUGUGCUAAUGCUCACCCUGAAUGUAUUGAAAGUGGUUUUCAUGUUUUGCCCAGAGAUUGUGUACUUCAAAGGGUAUUAAAUCUUCAGUUGUUAGAUAAGUUGGAUAUUCAAACAGUGUAUUCUUUAUUGAAUAUGAUAAGAAAAUCAAAUGAUGAAACAUCCAACUCCAUUGGUUGUUAUUCAAGAUCUGAAAUUCCACCUCAUCUUGGAGAGAAACAAAAGGCAAAAAGUGAAUCAGACUAUCAAUAUGCUUCAAGAAAAGUUUGGGAAUUCAUCAUGGCUUUGGUGGCUAAGGAUUGUUCUAUAAUGUUAGUUUUAAGCAACUAUGAGGGAGAAGACAUAAAGAGUGCCAAUUUAGUAUCAGAUGAUUUUGGAAAUCAAUAUAUGUUUUCUAUGGCUGUACUUGACUUAGAUACUAAACCUUUGAGUAGGAUAGAAAAGCAUUAUAAACGAACACCACUUUGGAUACAAGCAUGUUCUAAUGUAUCAGUUUGAAUCAUAUUAUAUUUUGCUGUAUAACUUGGCUGUCCUACAAUAAGUAACAACAUUAUUUAUUAUUAUGUGACUUCUAGUCAGCCGACUUUUGCUUAUUUAUGUAAUUUUUAAUUUAUUAUAAUUGUUUGAGAGAGAUGCAUAACCUAAACAAAUUAUUUUAAUAUUGUUGAUAUGCAGAAAUUAAUUUUUUCUUUAGAAAAUGUAUAAGGCGUGUAACCUAAACUAAUUAUCUGGAUUAGUUAGGACCACAGCACAUCUGGUUAAUGAAAAAUCUAGAUGAUCGGAUAAAUUCAGUUAUGGCAAUGUGAUAGGAAACUUUUUCCAGGCGUUUUGCUGUAUUACUUGGCAAAGCCCAUUUUCAUAAGUAUUAUAUUGCUAGCAAAAUAUUCAGAUUUUAUAAAUUUAAAAAAAAAUUUUUUUUUGCCUAAACAAUUUUUCUCAUACUAUGUAUCCUACUGCAACAAAGCCGCUUUAAUUUUGUAGCAUAACUAGAUGCAAUGAAAACUAACAUGUAUAUUAAAAUAGCAAAUCUGCAUGUUCAAUCACUGCAUAAAAAAAGGUAAAGAUAUGUUCUAUCGAAAUAAGGCCACCAAAGGAGUUAACAACCAAUAUAUCUGCUAUGUUUACAUGUAACUUGAACUACAUGAUUUGAAUACCAUUUAAGCCCUGGAGGACAUAAACAGUCUUUAAUGUACAGCCAUAUUGAAGAUGCCUCCUCAAGUUUCCUUGGAGAUUGAAGUUAUAUAAAAAGGCCAGGCAUUCCAUGAAAUGCAACCCUUUUAUCAAAAAAACCAUACCUGUGAAGAUUCUGCAGUGCAGUGUAGGUGUUCCCUUGCUGGAAAGUCCCUCUCCAAUAAUUACUCAACAGCACACUGGCCAUUGGAGAAGAUAUCCUCAUCUACUGUUUCAUUUUAUAUUGUGUACAAGUAAUCGGCAAUAUAAAAAUAUUAAUCAGUAGCCUAUGUUGAAAGAAUUUGGAUGGCUCAGACAGCUUAGUGAUAUACAAAAAAGAAAGUUUUAUUCUGAUACUGAAUUGAAGACUGCCAUAAAUGAAAUUUGAAUUAAUAUAUGCUUAAGUCUUCCAAGGUUUAGCAAAUGAUAGUCAACAUGACAUAGUUCAAAUCAAACAGUAGGGCAGAUUUUCGUUCCCCUUUACUCAUAUUCUCGGGUUUGUCAAAAAGUGAGUUAUUCUAUGUAAAAUAUGCAUGUAUGAAUCUUACUGGUUUUCCUUGCGUUUCAUUAUGGCACAAAAUCAAGGUAGCUUUGCAGUGGAAUACACUGUAGGAUCAAUGUAACAAGGCCCAUGAUAGAUCCUGAUAAUUAGACUGUUCUGUUAAUCGACAUCCUGAUAAAAAGAACUUCACUGUAAUUGAAAAAGGCAUAGACUUAUAUUUUAGGAAAUUGUUCUAAUAUAAUUCACAUGAAGCAUACUUGUAACAUAUGUGUGUAUUAAUGUUUAAGUAAUUGACUUUACUGUCAUUGGUGUACAAAAGGUUAAGUCUGAGAGGAGUUGGAUUAAAUUUUGUAUAAUUAACACC